AUGGCUCAACCUCCUGGAUUUGAAGAUUCUCAUCAUCCAACUUUGGUUUGCAAACUUCUUAAAUCUUUAUAUGGGUUAAAACAAGCUCCCCGAGCCUGGAAUGACAGGUUCACUUCUUUUUUACCUACAUUGGGGUUUCAACAUACAUACUCCGACUCCUCUCUAUUUGUGAAACAAGUGGAUUCUGGCAUUGUCAUCUUAUUGGUAUAUGUUGAUGAUAUCAUCAUUACUGGCAGUGCUGUCAGUGAAAUUCACAAGGUUAUUCAAUCUCUCACAGUUGAGUUUGAGAUCAAAGACUUAGGAGAUUUGCAUUAUUUUCUGGGCCUUCAAAUUUCUCAUACCAACACUGGUUUGUUUUUGUCACAAUCUAAGUAUGUCCAAGAUCUACUUGUCAAAACCGAAAUGACUGACGCCAAAGCGUGUGAUACUCCUUGCCUUCCUUAUCACAGAUUGCUUAAGGAUGAUGGUCAUCCUUAUGGGAACCCCACCAUGUAUCGAAGUAUUGUAGGAGCUUUGCAAUAUUUGACUUUCACCCGACCUGAUAUUGCAUUUUCUGUGCAUCAGGUUUGUCAAUUUAUGCAAACUCCAAUGGUGACACAUUUCACAGCCGUCAAGAGGAUUCUUCGGUACUUGAAGGGUACAAUGCACUUCGGCAUUCGCUAUAAUCGGGGAAGCUUGCAUUUAACAGCUUUUAGUGAUGCUGACUGGGCAGGAGAUCCAAAUGAUCGGCGGUCCACUACCGGUUUGGUUGUGUUUCUUGGUUCCAAUCCUGUGUCUUGGUCCUCUAAGAAACAACAAACUGUUUCCCGAUCUUUCACUAAAGCCGAAUAUCGUGCUUUGUCAACUACUUCUGCUGAACUUAACUGGAUCAAGCAAUUACGGGUGUUUAUGCAAGUUCCCAUUGCUCAGCAACCGGUGCUUUUUUGUGAUAACCUGUCCGCAAUUGCUUUAUCCUUCAAUCCCAUUCAGCAUCAGAGGACCAAACAUAUUGACAUCGAUGUUCAUUUUGUUCGAGAACGAGUGGCAAAACAACAACUAUUUGUGCAGUUUGUGUCUUCCAGAGAACAGUUUGCAGAUAUAUUAACCAAAGGCUUAAGUGCUCCUCUAUUCCAUACUCAUUGUCACAAUCUCAUGCUUGGUUUAUCACUGCAAGAGAUUGAGGGGGGAUGUUAG